AUGAGCACCGCUGAUUACGGAUAUGAUUAUGACUAUCUUUUUAAGAUUGUGUUAAUAGGUGAUUCCGGUGUGGGAAAGUCAAACUUGCUGUCAAGGUUUAGCUCUAAUGAAUUCAACGUUAAUUCAAAGUCGACAAUCGGUGUUGAAUUUGCAACCAGAACGAUAGAGGUAGAAGGUAAGAGCGUAAAAGCACAAAUUUGGGAUACAGCGGGGCAAGAAAGAUAUCGUGCUAUCACGUCUGCAUACUAUAGGGGAGCUGUAGGCGCCCUAAUUGUAUACGACAUUAGCAAGUCUAGCAGUUACGAGAAUUGUAACCGUUGGUUAACCGAAUUAAGGGAGAACGCUGAUGAAAAUGUAGCAGUUGCGCUGAUCGGCAACAAGUCGGAUCUCUCACACUUACGUGCAGUACCUACCGACGAGGCCAAGACCUAUGCGCAGGAAAACCAGAUGCUGUUUUCUGAAACAAGUGCUAUGAACGCAGAAAACGUUGACCAAGCCUUCACUGAACUCGUGGUUGCUAUUUACCAAAUGAUUUCCAAGAACCAGGUGGACCUAAAUGACGAAAGUGGUUUAGGGACAGUGCCUAGAGGGGCCACAAUCUCGCUAACUACAGCACCAAACGAAAAAAAGAAAAAAUCCAGUAAUUGCUGCUGA